AGAAGAGAGACAAAAAAAAGAACAGAAAGGCAAAGACUCGACAAACUGGGUUCGAUUAAGUGUAAGGCCAAACUUGUGUUUGUCCCGAGACAGACAACCCCGAGAACGAGCCUCAGUGGCGUGAACGCCUUUUUAAAUCUUGAAAUAAUAAACUAAUACAGUAUGCUUUUUAAUAUAGUUUCUUUAACUUGUUUUGGAACUCUCGCUUGUGUUUCGUGAACUUUCUUUCUCACAUACUUAUAUAUAUAUGUGUGUGUAAGUUCCUUUUGGUUGAUAUAAAACAAGAGCAGAAGAAGAAAAAGAAAGAUAUCACCCGAAGAAAAAGUUCUCGUAGAAAUCAAUUGAAGACAAUGAAGCUAAUUAGAGUCACCUUCUUGCUUUGUGCAUUGACCUUUUUAUUCCUUAUAACUUCAACUUCAGCAGCUGUAACCGAAAAGAUUAUGAGAAAAAUGGCGCCACGGAAACUCAUGAUCAUCUCUAGUGAACAUGAUAAUGUGAUGACAUCAGGUGCUCAUGAAGGUUCAAGUGAGCAACUUCCAGUCACUUCUUCUGGCAAUUCUAAGAAUGAAGAUAAGAGAUUAGGUGAAAAAGAAGAGGAGAAUGCUCUAGCGAAGUAUCUAUCGAUGGAUUAUCCAAGGUUUAGAAGAAGACGACCAGUUCACAACAAUAUGCCUCGAAGUCCAUGAAAAAUGCAUUUUUUAUUUCAAAGAAGAAUUAAUUUGAGCUAUAUAUUAGUCAAUUAAUUAUAUUAGCCAAUUAAUUAAUUGAGUAGCAAGUUUUGGCUAUCCUUGUAAUUAACGGAAUAUGUUCGUGAUAUUUUUUAGGGAGAAUUGCCAAGUGUGACUCAA